AGAGAGAGAGAGAGAGAGAGAGAGAGAGAGAGAGAGAGUUGUGUGUGUGUAUGUGUCUUUGUGUGUGGGUUGAAAGGAUACGAGAGCAUGAGGCAAUUUCUUUUUAAUCUGCCGAGUGGUGUUCACGCAACUCUGUCCUCACCAGAACACCUUGAUCCCCAGCCAGCCCUUGGUCACGACAGUCGCGCUACGUGAGGACAUCCUGUGGGGGUUACAUAACAGGCCUUCCCACACCAGCGAGCGAGACACGAACGCCGCUGCACCUCAGUAAUACAGGCGCGAUGACAGUGAGUGUGUGCAGUAGUGAGUGCAAUGCGCCACCUUGUGAUUCUGUCAGUGUGAAAUAGCAGUGAAAUAGAAAAGUUUAUCUGUAACUUAGCACUAGCUCACGGUGAUUUGUUUCGGAAAAUAAGUUAUUUCAAGUAGGACUGAUAAAGGAAAACAAAUACUGUUGUACUAAAUUAAUAUUUGAGAAAGUUUAUCUACCAACUGUAUCGUUUUCUGUAGCACAUUCAGAGAAAACAGAUAAACAAAUGGUAAACAACUCUAAAACUACACCACCUCAAAAACUACUUAUAAAAAACUCACCCGAAAUAAAUCCCAGACUUCACUAAGCAAACUCAUGUCGUGAAGGUGGAACAUCACGUCUCAAAUGGAAAUAGACAUGAGGAAACUGUCAGUGAGGAGAUGAGACUCGCCGUGACGCUGCAGCACACGAGGAGACCGCGGCGAGACCAGUGAGGGAGACGCACCCGUAAACCAUCUCAUCUUAGACAGACACACCGGCCGGCAAGAUGGGGAUUGACCGGCGAAUGUUGCCUAUGAAGAUCCAUUACUUCCUUCGCUUUAUGGGAACGGGGCCGCUGACGGUUAUCCUGCCGGUGAUCACCAAGCAGAUGGGGGUGCCGCCUGAUGUGGUGGGGGUGAUCUGGACGGUGCUGCCCUUCAUCAGCUUACUGACGAAGACCACAGCGGGCGCCGUCGCGGACAUCACACGAAGUCACCGAGCAGUGUUCCUCCUGGGCAUCGUGUUCAUGGUCACCCCACUCACUGCCCUCUACUGGGUCCCCGACAUUCCUUCCUCCUCCUCCUCCUCCCCUACAUACAACAACUUAUCCUCCAACGCAUCCACUCAGCCCCCUGCCUCCGCCUCUUUCCUCACGUCAGUAUCUUCCCUCUCCACGUCUCCUGUUGAGGUGGAUGAAGGUGGUGGUUUGUUUCCAAGCACCGAGGACAGCAGUGAUGUAACGCCCACCGUAACCACCCCUACCGUACCUCAGAAAGGUAGAGGGGCGGAGCUGCUAGAAAGUUACGAGUUCUGGCUGUUGUUCCUCUGCCUGCUUGUGCAGUACUGCGGCCACACCACCGUCAUCACCAUGCAAGAGACGGUGUGCUUCCAACUACUGGGAGAGGAGCGCCACAAGUACGGUCAGCAGCGUGUGUGGGGGACCGUGGGAGUGGGACUGUCCGCCAUCGUCUCAGGAGCACUGGUGGACCUGUACUCGAAGGGCACUGGCCAGAAGGACUACCUACCGGCGCAUAUCAUUACUGCCGUCUUCCUGGUGGCGGACCUCUUCGUGGUGGCCUUCCUUAAAUUCCCCCACCCAGAGAGGAAGAUCAGCUCGUCCACCCUGCAGGGAGCUCUGUGGCGCCCUCACGUCAUUUUGGUGCUGGUGACGACAGGCGUGGUGGGCGUGGUGUCGGGCGUGCUGUGGACCUUCGAGUUCCUGCUGGUGGUGGAAGUGGCGGGGAAGGGCUUUGUACAUCAGAAACUGCUGCUGGGCCUCCUGAUGGGCGUGCAGUGCUUCCUGGCGGAGGCGCCUUUCUUCGUGCUGGCCGGUCGCAUCAUCCAGAGGCUGGGUCACGCCAACGCCCUGUUCGUGUCCCUGCUCGGGUUCACGCUCCGCCUCAUCCUCUACUCCGUCGUCACCAACCCUUGGCUCUUCUUGCCGAUUGACCUUCUCCACGGCAUCUCCUUCGGUGUGGCCUAUCCCUGCUUCACUUCCUACGCCAGCAGUGUGGCUCCCCUGGGCGCCGCGGCCACCACACAGGCCAUCUUCGGCGCCAUGUUCUUCGGGAGUACGGGCGUGGGAGGUUUCGUAGGCGGGCGGCUCUUCAAGGCCGUGGGUGGGUCAAGGACUUUCCUCUUCACGGGCGCGGCCACGGGCGUGUACGCGUUAGUGUUCUCCCUGGCGCACCUCCUCCUGGCAAGACUCACCAGAUCGUCGCUAGAGACGAUAGGCGGGCUGGAUGCUGAGGCGAGGAGGGAAAACGCGAAAGAGAAGGACGCUAAGGAAAAGGAGGAGGAGGCGGAAGUGAUGCUUGAAGGUGGGCAGAAGAAAGAAGGGAAGGAGAUGGUAAUGGGUGUGAGUUUCCGUCAGACUGAUGACAGAAACUGAAAGGUGGAAAGAUGGAAGGACAUUGUUACGUAGAAGUGUAAAUAUAAAUGAUUAAAGGAAAUAAAGACGAAAGGACCUUGUAUGGAAGGUUGUGGGUGAUUAAAUGAAAGAAAAGAAACGAAACGAAAGAGGGAAAGGGAAAUGAGUAAUGGAAGACUGUAAAUAUACCGAAAAGUGAGAAAAACAAAAAGAAAUUUCUGUGCAUAGCCGUUUACAAUAAAAAUAGAAUAAAAACGAAAUAAGAAAAAAAGAAAGAAAUGAUAAUUGAAACAAAAGGUGAAAAAAAAACGUACACAUGGCUGUGAACGGCUGAAAUAAAGAAAAAAGGAAGAAUGUCUGAAUAAUAAUAAUAGAUGGAAAUGUAAAUACAAAGAAAAGGAGAAAAAUAACCGACAUGACCCUCUGCCCAUGGAAGUGAAUGACAGAAAAGGAGAAAAAAUGAUAGGGUAAACAAAAGGAAAUAUGGAAACUAUACAACAUAUGUGAACGUGGAGGAGAGAGAGAGAGAAAAAAAAACACAAGUGAAGGGAGGAAGGACAAAUGUAAACAAAAAAUUAUGCGAAAUGCUCAAGAAAGAGAAAAGAAGGCAAAUGAAAAAGGUCAAAGUGAAAUAUGAAUGAAAGAGUUAAAAGGAAAGUGAAUGAGUGAACGUACGCAUAAUGAAGACUUAAUGAAUCGAAGCUAAAGAAAAAAAUACCAAAGAAAAUUUCACCAAAGUUUCCUUCGCUGCCAGGAAAAUAAAAUAUCCGUCACCAAACUUCACAUCGGUGGGAGCCCUCGACAACACACACACACACACACACACACACACACACACACACACACACACACACACACACUCACACCAAGCCAGAAUGCCGGACUGACUUCCUGCCUCCACUUUUUCCUCCCUGAUCUAUUUGUCCUCGGCGUCAUGAAGGAAAUAAAUAAGUUUAGCAGAAUUUCUUCCUAUAACUUCUUACUGGAGGACUGAUGACUGAGGAAAUAUCCACUCUUUUCUCUAGGGUGGCCAAUAUUCCUCUUCUUUCCCUCAUUCAUUCUCUUUUCUGUAUCAAGGUGAGUGUAUUUUUUUUUCUCCUUUUUUUCAGUUUAUUAAAAGAACUUAGUUUACAUAAAGCUUUCCAAAAAGAAGUCUGAUUCCCAGGCUCACCGUAUUUUGUACAUAUGCAGAAAUAAAGUCACUAUAUUC